UUUUCGUACAAAAAUGGACAACACAAUGGAAGCUUGUGGCUUAAUCGAAGAUAACAACUGCACAUGCAGAAUAUAUCAGCGUUGUCUCGUCGAAGGGACCUAAUCGAUCAGUGAAACGCGAUGUGGCGACUAAUAGCUAUAGUUUCGUUAUCCCUGCCUUUCAUCGAUGCAGCAGGAUGUCGUGUGUCCAUAAACAAUGGUCUCGGUAAUCCUCAGGCUUUGAUCCUUGAUCCUAAAAAAACGGAAGGUGCAGAAGCUUUCUUCCUGCCCACCGAUGGAGAUGUGAUCGAGUUCAAGGAAAAUCAAUCCGUUCUCUUCGCCUGUCCCGGCGGUAAACUGAUCGUCGGCGAGACGAACAUGAACGUGAAGGAGGCAGAAGGAAAAUGCAAGUCGAACAAGUUCGAGGUGUUAUCGAACACCGUUCGGAUGAACGAAAUCAACUGCACCAGAAUGCCGGCGCACAAGGCCAGGUACACGGGCAACUCCUGCUUGGGAAAAUUCAAAGAGAUCGAAGCCGGUUUUCAGUUGGAGGAGAGGUUCGUCCGAGUCAUCAAGAUCUGCUUCGAUUACGUUUCCCAGAACGCCAUAUAUUCAGAGUUCAAUUUGACGAGAACCAUUGACGGUUACCAAGUGGCCUUCCCCAGACCAGAUUUCACCGAAGACGGCUUCUACGAUGUCGGUGCGACGAACGUUAACAAUCUGUACACGCGCAACACCCAAAGGAAGACCAUCAACGCUCUUCUGGGUCUUCCUCCCGAUUCCAACAAGUACGUUGCUGCCAGUGGAAACUUCUACUUGGCCAGGGGACAUCUGACCGCGAAAGCCGACUUCCUUUACGGAUCUCAGCAGAGGGUCACCUUUAAAUACGUGAAUGUUAUGCCGCAGUGGCAGACCCUCAAUGGUAACAACUGGAACGCUCUUGAGGCCGACGUCCGAACGUUCGCUGCCGACAAGGGCCUAGAUCUGAUCGUGUACACGGGCGGACACGGCGUCUCCACUCUGCCCGACGCGGAAACCGGUGAACAGACUGAACUUUACUUGUACGUGGACGGCAAAAGGAAUGGGAUCGCCGUUCCACGGUUCUUCUGGAAGGUGAUCUAUGAGAAAUCCACCAAAGCCGGUCUCGCUUUCGUCGCCGUCAACAAUCCUUACGAUUUGGACCUGGAAGCUAACACUUUGUGCGAAAGCGUCUGCGAUCAGGCGGAUUGGCUCACAUGGAAGAACGACAACGUCGAGAAGGGCUAUGGUUAUUGCUGCGACGUUAAUGAAUUGAGGAAGAUCAUCAGGACGAUCCCAGACUUUCCAGUCACCUCAUUGCUAGUUUAACAAAUUGUUACACAUACAAUUAUUAAUUCAUGUUUUAAUAAAAUAUUUUAUAAACAAU